CGAGUUCGAUCACCAACUAAUGGUUAGUAUGGUAAGUGCUAUUGCGCAUGUCCGUGAUCGAACUGAGUUUAGUUUCACUUUGGUUUGUAAACAUGGCCGAAAUUUCUUCGAUCCUUAAAGUGAAAAUACCUCUUUUGGAGUUUUUACAAGAAGAAGACGAUUACUUUUAUUUCUUUGCUCGUCAUCAAACGGAUAGAUAUUGGUCUUUAAGGAAGAGAGAAUGGACCCCAAAAAUUACUAGCUAUAUGGAAACAGUGUUUACCGAAUUUGGACUUCCACAAAACAUUGAUGACUUUCGUGUACACUAUCGUGUUAGUAGAAACCUGUUUGAAAUUAUUCUUCGGGAAAUAUAUGGAAGUUUACUUUUAAAUGGAUAUGGGCCAUACAACGCCAUAGAACCUCCACAACAACUCCUUGUUUGUCUGUGGUACCUGUCAAAUAUGUCGUCAAUGAGAGAGUUAGCUCAUAUUUUCAACUUGUCAAAAUCAACAGUUCAUGCAGUUGUAAUGAGAGUGUUGGAUGCACUUCAAGAGUUAAAACCAAGGGUGAUUUGCUGGCCAAAUGCUGAGCGACAAAAAGAAAUCUCUCGAGAAGUUGAGAACAUAUGUGGACUUCGAGGGGUAGUUGGAUUCCUUGAUGGAACGCACAUAAGACUAUCAUCAGCUCUCAAUGGUGAAAGGGAUUUUUAUAACAGAAAAGGAUUUCCGUCCAUUCAAGUACAGGCAGUAGUAGAUCACCAGAUGAAAUUUACAAAUAUUUAUGCUGGGUGGCCAGGGUGUGUCCAUGAUGCGCGCGUUUUGAGAAAUUCCACCUUAUACACAGAGGCUGAGGCAGGAAACCUUGUUCUCGUUGAUCACUAUAUUCUCGCUGACAGUGCAUAUCCUCUCAGGAACUGGUUAAUAACCCCGUUUAAAAACUUGGGAAAUCUUACCCCACAGCAAGUCCGUUUCAACAAAAGACUGUCAAGUGCACGACAAGCUGUCGAACGUGCUUUUGGCCAUUUAAAAGGACGGUUUCGUCGACUGCAGGACAUUCCGUUACACAGCUCCACAGAAAUUUGCCAAAUGAUUUUGGCUGCCUGCAUAUUACACAACAUGUGCAUCUUUAAUGAUGAUGAAGUUGAAGAUUACAUCAUGGAAGAACAAUUACAAGAUCCAAAUGACUGCCAGUGUGAUAACAUUUACCAAAAUGGACACAAUGGCAUUGUGAGGAGAUUGCAGCUUGUCAAUAGCUUAAACUGAUAACUUAAAUGGCUGAAUAAUUGUAUUGAAUUUUUUUUUCAUUUGCAAUUUGCAAGUGAUCAUUUUGUAUGGUAUGUUGUAGAACAAUAUAAAACAAAUUGAAAUUUUAAUAUAAUUUGUGUCAAAUGCAAUAAAAGUUACGACCAUCAACAAGAAAAAAA